UUUCUAUCUUCAGUUUCAUCACACUUGAAACCAUUACAUUUUCAAAAUGAAGAAGCUACACAUUCUAUCUCAUCUCCUCCUAAUUUGCCUCUUGUUAUUGCCAUCUAAAGGUUAUGCAAGUAAAUCAGUUGAUUUCGAGGUUUGGGCAGCUCAACGUAACUCAAAGCCAGGCAUCAUACGCGGCUCCACUCCACAGGAAGAGAAGAAAGUUUAUAAACAGCCAUCUGGACCAAACCCAUCAGGGAAUAAUCGUCCGCCUUCAAGCAGAUGAAUACAUGUCAUGAUGCCGUUUCUUCGUGAAAAAACUAAAAUAAUUUAUAAUAUUUUUCUGAAGGAAAUAAGUUAGAGAAAUGGAGGCCAUUCUGAUUGUAUAAAGAUGAUCCAUUAUAACAAGGGUUUUCUAUAUCCCAGUCUAUGUAAAAAGCAUUGGUGGGUUAGGUCAUUCUGUUGUAAUAGCAUUUAAGUCACUUUCUCAUGGUUCUAAAUAAGUUCUAUAAAUACAUUUAUUUCUUCGGUUC